AUGGUAGCGAGAUUCCAGCUACGAAAGUAUUCCCCGCCGACAUAUCGGGUGCUCGUUUUGGUCGUCGUCUUUGUUGUGUUAUCGGUCCUGCUAUUGCGGGACGAGCCGGUACAGCUUGAUGAUAAUGAUGAUGAUGACGACAGUGUUGAUUAUCCCAUCCUUCAAGCUACCAAGAGCAGCUAUGACUGGUCCACGCAUCCGCUGAAGCAUCCAGUCCCUCUGGUCGAGAUGGCACGACUUCCCAAUGGAGCGCCUCUCGACCUCCCCAAGAUCCAGUUCGAGUUCGCCACAGACCGACCGGACGGCCUAGUGAGGAGGGAUCUCGGCACAAGCAGGUCCCGUCGCCAUGAGGUGCACAAAGCUUUCAUGAAGAGCUGGCAGUCAUACACUCGGCACGCCUGGGGAUACGACGAACUGCAACCUUUGUCUUUAAGGGGCAAAAACCGCUAUAACGGCUGGGGCGUCACAUUGGUUGAUUCGCUCGAUACACUCUGGUUAAUGGGAUUGUACGAUGAUUUCAACAGAGCAGUUGUGUACGUCAGCACAAUUGACUGGAACAACGCGACGGAGUCGAGAUGUAACGUCUUUGAGACGAACAUUCGGUACCUUGGAGGGCUUCUGUCGGCAUACGACCUCAGCAAUGAACAGGUGCUUCUCGACAAGGCCAUUGAGCUCGCCAAUAUGCUGUAUGCCGCCUUUGAUACUCCAAACCGGUUCCCUCCGUACACAUUCAGCUUUGCAGAGCUCAAGGCUGGGAGGGUCUUGCCCGAUCCCUACCAAAGCUCUGCUGCUAUUGGAAGCAUGUCGUUGGAAUUCACAAGAUUGGCUCAGUUAACUGGGGACUUCAAGUUUUACGACGCUAUCGAGCGAAUCAGGCUGGCCUUUGACCGCAUGCAAGAGGAAACGAUGCUGCCGGGCAUGUGGCCGAAUUAUAUUAACGUCCGCGACGGUUUCCAGGCUCCCGACAACAACAUUUUCAAGCUAGGUGGAGAUGACAAUUCGCUCUAUGAAUACCUCCCGAAGAUGCACGUCCUGCUUGGCGGACUAGACACCUCGUAUGAGAAAAUGUACAGGGGUGCCGCAAAGGCAGCCAAAGCUCACCUCCUAUACCGACCGAUGACACCACAGAAGGACGACAUCCUACUGCUCGGCACGGCCAUCGUCAACGAGAAGCUGCUCAAAAUCGAUCAAAUUCCGGAUGUCGAACAAAUAUCGUGCUCCGCCGGUGGCAUGUUUGCCAUGGCUGGCAGACUCUUCGACAUACCUCAUGAUGUCGAGGUUGGCGACAAACUUGCGCGCGGGUGUGCUUGGGCAUAUAAAUCCUUCAAGAGCGGCCUCAUGCCGGAGAAGGCUCAGGUCACCAAGUGCGAUACCGUGGAGGGUUGCGAAUGGGACGAGCAGAAAUGGGCCGCGCAGAGCAGCCAACGUGCACCCCGUGGGUUCUGGCGCGUCGACGACGCUCGCUACAACCUGCGGCCCGAGGGCAUAGAGAGCCUCUUUAUCUUGUACCGCAUCACCGGGAAGGAAGACCUCCUUGACAUGGCGUGGGACAUGUUCCAAGCCAUUCAGAUGGCGACGCAGACGGAUGACGCUCACGCAGUAGUCGUCGACGUGACGUAUGUGAAGUCACGGCACGAUGAUACGAUGGAGAGCUUCUUCUUUGCCAAGACGUUGAAGUACUUUUAUUUGAUUUUUUCGGAUCCCCAGUUGAUCAGCCUGGACGAAUGGGUCUUCAACACAGAAGCCCAUCCUUUCAAACGGCCUACAGCAUCCUGA